AAGAGACGCGUGUGUUGGUGUUGUUUUGGAAUGGCGUUUGCCUGACAAUUUUAUAGAAAUCUUGUACUUUUCGGUCGGUCUAAACGACAGUAGCAUCUCCACGAUGUUACCAACUGAGGUCUUUACGUGUUUCCCCGGUCAGAUGUGGGACAGAGUGUUGUCAAAGGUAAAGAAAGCGGUGGUUUUCAUGGACGACAAGUGUGCUGAGAGUCUUCACUGGAACGGUGGAGCUACCAGUGUAUUUGAGUCUGGUGCUCGUAAUUUAAAACAGUUUUCGAGCUUCGAAGCCGGUGGUGAAAACGAACCAAAGGCAGUGUUUGUGGUGAGCACUUUGCUCAAAGGAAGAACAGCGGACAUUAUUCAAGACAUAGUUGGCCUCAGUCAUUUUCAGUACUGUGUCGUUUUCACCACCGUAGCCCACUCCAUACACCUCCUCGCUAACAAUGUCACUGCUGUACUAGAGGGGAACCCUGUGUUCGAGCAGUUUGAAGAUAAACUGUGCGAAUGGAUGGGAGACAUGAAUUACACCGCUGAAGUCAUGCAUGCGCCCGUGGUCUUUGCUCCCGUGUCACCACAGCUCUUUCUCGCGCCCACCUUCGCGCACCUGUUCCCACUGCUGCCACGGGACCUCGAGACGAUCAAUAUGAAGCGCCCAGAGAAGAAGAGGUUCGGAAGCUUGACUGAUGUUGACUUGCACUCUCUUACUCCGGAGCUGCAGAUUGAAAUUAAAUCUCUAGCCUCUGCGGUUAAUUCCAUGUUUGAGUCCACCAGCACCCGGGAGGAGAGCUUUGCCUUGGGUCCAAUGAGCCGUCUCAUCGCUGGGGAACUUGCCAAUCAUCCUCAAGCCAAAAACCGCAGAAAGACAGCCCCCAAUAAAGCAUCCAUCGUCUUCAUCGACAGGACACUGGAUCUAACAGGGGCUGCUGGUCACCAUGGUGACAGCCUGGUGGAGAAGAUAUUGACUGUGCUGCAGCCUUUGCCAGGACACACCACUGAUGUGCAGGUGGACAUGCUGGAGCUCACUAACCUGCAGCGCACCCCUGACUCACAGCCUACCCUGGCUCCAGGCUGCCUCGUACAGACCCAGUCGUCCACAGCCAGGUUGCUAUGGGAGACCAUGCUGGCCAGUAAGCAGAAGGAGGCUGUGAUGGAGGUCCGCAGACAGCUGGUGGAGGCCGCCAGCAAGGAGAACCUGCCAAUCAAGAUGGGUCUGGGCCGUGUGACCCCGGAGCAGCUGUGUUCCUACGUACAGCUGUUUAAGAGCAACUGGGGGGCUCUAGAGAGUCACUGUGGGGUAAUACAGCUGGGCCUGGCCACCGCCCAGACUCUCCGUCACCCCACACUGCCCCGCUGGGACUCCUGCCUUGCUUUUGAGAGGCUCCUCCUGCAGGCUCUGGGAGACUCUGACUUUGCUGGUGUUCUGCGACAGCUUCUGCCCCUGAUGAAACCUCGUGCUGUUAAGGGUGAGGAGGGGUCCAACUCAGAGUACAGUUCAGGGUCCCGGUCGGGGGAGGAAGAGUGUGGUCCUGAUGAGCUGCUGGUGCUGCUUGUCUACCUGUACUCACUGGCUGGAGAGGCCCAGCCUGCAGACGAUGAAGGGGAAGAGGAAAAGGUGGAGAGGGAGCUGAUUGGAGCACUCACCCUGGUCAUCACCAGAGAGGCGGAGCUCAGCCCCCUGCUGCAGAAACUCACCGGCGUGGAAGUGUGUUCCUCUACUACGGCCCUGAUGCCAGAUGGAAGCUCUCCUGCCGUUCGGCUCUGCUCGUGCUGUCCAGGGUGUGGAAGUAUUGAAGAGCUCACCAUGGAGAGGGCCCAUACUGCUGUGGAGGGGGUGUUUGACACCCUCAGAGAGUUGAGCCACGCCCGAGACCACCUCAAACAGCUCAAGUCCGUCUACACAGCCAGCGAUGGAGUACACCAGGCGAUGUACCGUCCGUUCCUCAGACAGGUUCUGGAGGAGAUCUUCCACCCAGACAGACCUGAGUCUCCCGACAUAGAACACAUGUCUGGAGGCCUCACCGACAUGCUCAAGACUGGCUUCAGUAUGUUCAUGAAGGUGAGCCGUCCACACCCCAGCGACCACGCCCUGCUCUUUCUCUUCCUGGUGGGAGGAGUCACUCCCUCUGAGCUCCGCCUGAUCCGCGAGGUAGUCUCCGCCCACAAGCCGGGCACACAGGUGCUGGUCCUCUCCACCAGACUGCUGAGACCUACAGAUGUCCCUGAGCUGCUCUUCACCACCCAAAGACUGGUGCCAGACAUCGGUGUGUGAGCACAGAACAAGGACCACACACACUCCACCGACACGUACCGCUUUCUGGAGGAGAAAUUAGAUCCUCCAUUGAGGUUUUGUGGUUUGGUAAUGGAUUGGAGUCAUUGGUGUGUGAGCAGAGCAGACCAGACAUAAGAUUAGAUGAUAGAAAGAGGAUCUAUUUAGGCUUUUUCAAAGGCAUUCCUAAAUGUUUAGUAAGAUCUGUAUCCCAUCCCUUGUACGCCCUAAAUCACAUUAAGGUAAUUAAGUGUUCAUGGACUUAUUCCAAACUGUACUGAAUGUAAACUUGAUUCUGUCUUGAAGUUCAACUUAAAGCAAUGACAUUCAAAUCGAGUUGUUUGAAUUAAAUCUGAAUACAUUGAGUGAAAUGAAACAA